UCUCUGUAUAAAAACAAGCUGCACUUCCUCACACCGACUACAACAGGAGGAAAGGAGCGUCAAGUCCGAGCGGCCGCGGCGGGAAGGCAGCCCAGCACAGACGCCACCAUGCAGGCGAAGAACACCAUCAGUUGGAGACUUUUUCUGUGUUCCUGUCUGGUUUUGGAGAGUUCGUCUCAGCACUUUGGCGCACAGACGCAGUUCAUUUGCACGUCCGUGCCCAAGGAUAUGGACAUAUGCGCAGCCACAUUGCAGAACAGUGUGCCCGGGGAGGACUUGAAGACCACUGUCAUGCAUUUGCGGGAGACCGUACUGCAGCAGAAGGAAACGAUCAUGAACCAGAAGGAGACGAUCAGAGAACUCACCUCAAAGUUGGCGCGUUGCGAGGGCCAGAGCGGAGAGCCGGGGGGCCGCAGGAAAGAGGCUGGGAACAAGAACACCAUGGGGGACGUGUCCAGGGGCCCCGCGGACACUUUGGCACAACUGUCACAGACUUUACAGUCGCUAAAGCAGAGACUAGAAAAUCUGGAGCAAUUCAGUAGAAGUAACAACUCGGUGCAGGCGAACAGCCUGAAAGACCUGCUCCAAAGUAAGAUCGACGACCUGGAGAGACAGGUGUUGUCCCGGGUGAACAGCAUAGAGGAGGAAAAACCGGGACUGAGUCGGAAUGAGACCGAGCAGCGUGGGAGAGUCGAGUCCACGCUCACAUCACUUCACCAGAGGAUCACGGACUUGGAGAAAGGUCAGAGAGAGAACAGGCCCCUGGAUAAAUUCCAGCUCACCUUCCCACUGAGAACCAACUACAUGUACGCCAAAGUGAAGAAGAGUUUGCCAGAGAUGUACGCGCUCACCGUGUGCAUGUGGCUCAAGUCCAACGCCUCUCCUGGAGUGGGCACACCUUUCUCCUACGCAGUCCCAGGCCAGGCUAAUGAGCUGGUUCUCAUAGAGUGGGGAAACAACCCGAUGGAGAUACUAAUAAAUGACAAGGUUGCCAAGCUGCCUUUUCUCAUCAACGACGGGAAGUGGCAUCACAUUUGUGUGACCUGGACGACGCGUGACGGCGUUUGGGAAGCUUUCCAAGACGGUGUCAAGAGAGGGAGCGGAGAGAACCUAGCUCCAUAUCAUCCUAUCAAACCACAGGGGCUGCUGAUCCUCGGUCAGGAGCAGGACAUGCUCGGCGGAGGAUUUGAUGCCACACAAGCGUUCGUCGGAGACCUGGCCAACCUUCACAUCUGGGAUCGGAAAUUAUCCGUGGGGGAGAUUUACAACUUAGCAACUUGCAGCAGCAAAGCCCAAGUGGGCAACGUUUUUGCAUGGAUGGAGACGAGCCUCGAUAUUUAUGGAGGCGCCUCCAAGUGGACAUUUGAAGCCUGCCGACAGCUCAACUGAACCUGGACGGAGGAGACGAGUGUUGAAUU